AUGAGCGGCCAUCAAACGACGAGCUAUUUUUUAAUAUUCCUCUUCAUUUUUGUCGCGAAUUCUCAAAUAACACCCGGAAAUAAUCUUCACGCAUUUCUAACAUCCUCAUACUAUUAUCCAAAAUCGCAAAGUCUCGGCGAUGAUUCGAUCGCGUUGGUUUUUUCGAUGAGAUCCGAGUCGAUUCGACGACAAUCCCAAAUUUUGACGAUUUUUGCCGAAAAUCACACCUCAAACGCGACAAUCAACACAACAAUUGAAAUUCCGAAUGGGAAGACGACGUUUCCAAUAUUUCCGACAACUUCAACACUUCCAAAUAUGACCAAAUUGAGUUUGCUUGAUGGCCAACAGAAAAUUGAGAUUCCGUUCUCGACGGUUUCGUAUGAAAAAAACGAUGUGGUCGUGUGUAUUUCUCCACAAAUUCUUGCCGAACGAUACCAAUUAUUGCCAUUGGCAUUGCAGACCUAUAAAAGAUAUGGAGCGUUCGUGAAUAUGUAUGUGACGAGCAUGAGAUAUGGCUUCUUCAAUUAUAGCACCGGAUAUGAGAAAUUGGGAUUCGUCAAAAUGCAGCCGUGGAUUCUUCCGAGAAUCUCGAAGCCGUUUUUCGAGAAUUUCGAUGAUUUCGCCCAAUUGGCACAUACCGAUUGCCUACUUCAAUUCAAGGAAUCGUCAAAAUUCGUGGCGUUUCUCGAUUUGAACGAGCUUCUCAUCCCUCGAUUGGCCACUAAUUAUCACGACGAGUUCGCCAAUUUCGUCGCCGCCAAUCCGACAAUCGAUUAUCUCCAAUAUAAUCGAUAUAAUUAUGAGACGAGUGCCGAAGCGAGUCCAUUUUUCCUCGACGUUGAAGAGAUUCUGCAACAUUUGAAGUAUAAUGGAGAGUCUGAAUCGCCUCGAAUAGUGAUUCCGACGCAUCGCCUCAACGUGACAUGGUCCCAACAGCAAACCGCGCUCAAAACUUCGGUGGUCCCCAACAACUCAGUGAUUCGAAUGAAGAAAUUUGUAGUAGUUGAUCUCUUCAAUCCAUCCAAUAUUUCGUUGCCGUUUUAUUUGAAUCAAGAAGGCGAUUAUUUGAUGAAAAUCGAGGAUUUGGAGGCGAUCGGCGACGCGUUUGAUGACACUACCAUGAUUUCGGAGGUGUUUUUGAAAUUGCCUGGCGUCAAGUAUCCACCGGUGUACGUCGAUCUGAUUGAGAAUUGUAUUCAGAAUCAGAAUAUUAAUAAUUGCAAGGUUCCCGAGCAUCGCUAUGUCAGAUGUGCACAGGCCGUAGCAAAUUUCCAAACUAAAUUGCACAAUUCAUCAUCGACUUUUUAUUAUUUACCGUUCGACACUCGUUUCGCCACAUUGGUGAAAUGCUCUAUCUAA